AUGCAGCCAGCAGAAGCAAUGGCCCGGAUGAAGCAGGAACCACGCAAGUCGACGAGUGUGAAGGUGCCUCGGGAGCCGGCCGCCGACCGCACUAAGCGUUCUACCGCGAUGCGCCAGUACGCCGAGUUCAUCGAGAGCGCGGGUCUGUCCAUUCCCCGGUCGGAGUUCUUGCGCCUCAUGCGCGACGUCGUAAACGACUACAAGCCGGGCGUGCGCUUCCACGGAACAGCGGUGGGCCUGAUCCAGGUAGCCUGCGAAUCCCACAUUGUCGAACUCUUUCGGGACGCAAACGCGUAUGCCACCCGCGACGACCGCGAAACCGUCAAGGUCAAGGACAUGCAGCUCGCGCUCGCAGCGAGAAAGAGCAUCUCCAACGCGGCGCCGCAAUAGCUAAUCUAUAACUGUCACGCUUGUUAUUGCA